AUGGUGUCCACGAUCCAGUGCACCAAUCUCUGUUUGGAGACAACCCUCCCCCUUUUGCUGACCUCCAGAACAGACAAAGAGCUGCUCAGAGCUCCUAAAGCUCUGUGUGAGGUCCAAUGUGGACCAGGGGAAGAACCCAACUUGAACCAGACUGUGUGUGUUGACUGUGCUGAAGGCUAUUACUCAACUCUCUGCAGUGCCCAGUGUCAGUUGUGUCCGGCAGGAACCUACUGUCCCUACAAAAAGAUGUCUGAACCUCUGCCUUGUCCUGUGGGCCACUAUUCAGACAUCUCAGGCCAGAAUGAAUGUAAAAAAUGCAAUGGUCCGGCCUGCAAGAUUACAGUGACUCCAUCUGGGUCAAAGGGGCAGUCUCAGCUGGGUCAGAGGUCAAGACAGCUCAUCUCCUGUCCACCCGGGACAUACAGAGAUGGAGAGAGAUCAGACUGUGUUGUAUGUCCUGUUGGAACCUAUGGACCGAAGGAGGGGCUUCAGAGAGAAAGGGACUGUGCUAUCUGUCCUGCAGGGUUUUACUGUUUGGAGGGCACCUCUCGCAGACCGAGUUCUCAGUUUCUGUGCCCACAAGGGUAUUACUGUGAGGAGGGCACGGGCGUGCCGCAUGGGUCACCUUGCCCGGCUGGAACUGCAGGAGGACAACUGGGUCAGACAAGUAGGGCAGCUUGCAAGAGAUGCACAGAGGGUCGCUUCUGCCCCACAGGUGUUAAAGACUGUUUAAAGUGUCCACCAGGCUUUUACUGUCCAGAAGGAACAAGUGACCCAAUGUCCUGUCGGCCAGGCACAUUUAACCCUCUGGAGGGGCAGGAUGCUUUGACAGACUGCAGGCCUUGCUACCCGGGCAAAGCAUGUACCCAAGUAGCACUGAAGUUUCCUGAUGUGGAUUGUUCUGCUCGACCAAAUGACCCAUCCAAUGCCUGCCCUCCUGGUACACUUAGCAACCGCACCGACCUCACUGACCUCUCCCAGUGCCAGCUGUGCCCUGCACGUUAUGCCUGCUUUCGAGGCACUGGUGGCAUCCAAAGACCACCACUUCUCUGCUUUCCUGGACAUUACUGCCCCACGGGCACUAUGUUCUCCACUCAGCAUAAGUGUCCUGCUGGUACCUGGAGCGAUCGAAGUGGGCUGGAGUCAGAAAGCGAGUGCCGUCUGUGUCCACGAGGCUGGUACUGCUUAGCAGGAGUGGGUGCCCCCUCUGGGAGAUGCAACUCUGGACACUAUUGUCCUGAAGGUACAUUGUAUGGCUCACAGCAUCCAUGCCCUCCAGGCACGUACAGCACAAAGAUGGGUAAUGGUGGAAAAGAGGAUUGUCAGAUCUGUCCGGAGGGCUACUACUGUAAGGAAGGAACAUCUAAACCAUCCCCCUGUCCACCGGCAACAUUUCGUCGAAAGAAAGCGGGGAAAAGCUCUGAGGAUUGCUUGGCGUGUCCUGCUGGCUACUUCUGUCCACAAUCAGCCUCUAUCAAUCCAAAAGUCUGUGGAACAGGAAGUUACUCUGACAAAGGGUCAGAGGAGUGCCUGCCAUGUUUGUCGGGUCACUAUUGCAGCAAUGAGACCACCAGUGCGGAGGCCAUGCUGAGAGUAAUGGUCUGCCCUCCUGGUUUUCUCUGCUCGCAGGGUCUAGAUCGAGAACCCCAGCGCUCAGCAGUAUUCUGCCCAAUAGGCUUCUACUGUCCGGGCGGAAAUGUUACAGGAAACUGUCCUGAUGGAUACUUCUGUCCUCCUGGUACUGGACAUCCAAACUCAUUCCCGUGCCAGACAGGCUUCUUCAGGAAUGACUCAUAUGGCCAUAGUGGAGAAGCUUGUGUCAAGUGUCCCUCUGGAUACUUCUGUCCUACUCCGGCCACAAACACUCCUACAGUCUGUCCACAGGGUUUCUAUUGUAUUGAGGGGAGCUCAGCACCAGAGCCAUGCGCAGAAGGCAUGUACGGAUCCCGGCCUGGCCUAAGUGAAGCAUUACAUUGCACCCCUUGUAGUGGAGGCAAAUACUGCACAGGACUGGGCAGAACUGAGCCCACGGGGAACUGUGAAGGAGGAUUCUACUGUAGACAAGCAUCUACAAGUCCAAUUCCUCCUGAUGGUCCUAAAGGCGGUGUGUGUCCUUCUGGCAGUUUUUGUCCAUCAGAGUCAGUUUACCCACAGCCUUGUCCUCCAGGAACAUACAGUAACAGUACAGGUCUCCAACAUGCAGAGCAGUGUGUCAGCUGUCCUCCAGGCUUUUAUUGUUUAGGAACUAACUCCACAUUCCCAACUGGUCCAUGUUUUGCUGGCUAUUACUGCAUUGGAAGUUCAGCCACUCCCGUCCAACAUGAAGCUGAGGAGGGACAUUAUGCUUUAGAAGGAGCUGUGAGGGCUGAACCCUGCCCACUGGGAACUUUCCAACCAGGAAGAGGCUACAAGUCAUGCAUUGAGUGUCAAACAGGGCGACUGUGCAACAAGACAGGCCUGUCCCAUCAGCCCCUCUGCCCACCAGGACACUACUGCCCGGCUGGAACUUUAAUUGCCCACCCAUGCCCUCCUGGCACGUACACGGCAAGUUCAGGUGCGGAGGAUUUGGAACAUUGUGGCCCAUGUGAUGCUGGUCAGAACUGCCACUCACCUGGACUAACUGCUCCUCAAGGACCCUGUGAAGCUGGUUUUUACUGCACUGGUGGAUCUCACACAGCCAGUCCGGUUAGCUCUAGGUAUGGUGACAUUUGUCCUGCAGGUUAUUAUUGUCCAUCAGGCACCAGACACCCACAUGAGUUCCCCUGUCCUCCUGGCACUUGGAGUAACGCACUUGGGGCUCAGAGCGUGUCGUCCUGUUGGCUUUGCCCUGCUGGUUUCUUCUGCAAUAGCUCUGGCCUCAUUCAGCCAACAGGAAUAUGUGCUCCUGGGUUUUAUUGUGCGGGUGGUGCCAAGACUGCCAUGCCUGAGGAUGGGGCGACAGGAAACAGGUGUCCGGCUGGUUAUUACUGUCCACAGGGAUGCACCUCACCUCUGCAUUGCCCUGAUGGAACGUAUUCAAAUAGCUCAGGUGCUGCACAAUGCAGUGACUGCCCCCUCGGAUGGCUGUGUUUGGAAGGCGAGGGGCUCCAGUUGUGUCCCAAGGGACAUUACUGCCUGGGGGGCACAGUGGAUGACAUUCUCCCCUGCCCUCCAGGCACAUACAGCCCCAAAGCAGGACAAAGCCAAGUAGAGCAGUGUUUACUGUGCUCAGCUGGAAUGUUUUGUGAAGACUGGGGACUAGUUGAACCCACUGGUCCCUGCCAGGCUGGGUAUUUUUGCCUAGCAGGUGUAAACUUUCAGAAUCCCGAUGCGAAUAUUAGCACGGGGGUGGGUGGGCCGUGUCCUGUGGGGCAUUACUGUCCUGAGGGCACGGGUUUGCCUUUACCCUGCCUGCUUGGCACAUUUUCAAACAGUCUUUAUGUAACUACAAGCUCCGGUUGCACUGUGUGUCCUGCGGGGAAGUUCUGCAGUUCGGUUGGCUUAAGCAGACCAUCUGGACUGUGCCAAGAAGGUUUUUACUGCCCUCCUGGGUCAACAUCAUCAACAGGUUCUGGUUCUGAAGGUGGUCUCUGUCCCCAAGCACACUUUUGCCCCACUGGCAGUGCCAUCCCUGUUCCCUGCCCUGCGGGUACUUAUACCAACCUCACAGGGCAGAUUAAGUGUACUCCAUGCCAUGCUGGAUACUACUGCCCAGAGAGCACCAGCAAAUACACACUGUUCCCCUGUCCUCCUGGAUUCUACUGCCCUGAUGGCACAAAGCACGCCACCCAGUUCCCCUGCCCACGAGGCUAUUACAACCCUGAGCCGAUGACCCACAGCCUGGACAGCUGUCUGCCCUGUCCUCCAGGACACUACUGUGAGAAAGAGAGACUGGCUACUGUAUCUGGGAAAUGUAAAGCUGGAUGGUUCUGUGUAUCUGCCGCCUGGAAUGCUCAGCCCUUUGAUCUGGACAACUACACAAAUGCUAACUGUCUGUGCCCUGCGUCCUCCACCGGGGGUAGAUGCCAGGAAGGCUUCUACUGCCCAUCAGGGAGCUCUGAACCUCUUUCCUGCCCUCCAGGAGCCUUCUGCAAUGCAACAGGUCUAGCCCUCCCAAGUGGACCAUGUUCUCCUGGGUAUUACUGCACUAGGGAAGCAACUUCAUCAAAACCCACAGAUGGUAUCACAGGAAAUAUUUGCCCUCCAGGAACCUACUGUGAUGAAGGCUCCAGUGCUCCAGAGCCAUGUCCUGCAGGGACUUUCUCCCCAGUAGCAGGUCUGGUAAGCCAGGACCUGUGUCGACCCUGCAGAGCAGGUUACCACUGUGAAACCACAGGUCUUCAAGCUCCUACAGCCCCCUGCAGGGAGGGUUACUGGUGCCCCCCUGGUCAGAUGGAUGGCCUAGCUUUGCUGUGUCUGCUCGGUCAUUAUUGUCCCACAGGAAGUCCUGUCCCAAUUCUUUGUCCUUCCGGGACAUAUCAGGACAAACAGAAACAAGUGAACUGUACAAUGUGUACAUCAGGUUUUUAUUGUGACGAGGCAUUCGGAGCUGCAAAUAUGUCUGUCCUGCAGCCUUGUCCAAAGGGACAUUACUGUCCUCAAGGAACAGGUUAUGCCAAACAAUUUCCAUGCCCAGCUGGCACCUAUAACCCCAGUGAGCGCACGGACAGCCAGAGUGCCUGUCUGUUGUGUCCAUCAGGGCAUUUCUGUCCAGUUGUGGGACUAGAAGAACCUACAGGACUCUGUCUGGCUGGUUUCUGGUGCAAACAGGGCUCCGUCUCACCAAGCCCUGUGGACGGUCUUUUGGGUGCUGAAUGUCCACUUGGUCACUACUGUUCUAAAGGCACUGCCAAUCCUGUGCCCUGUCCGGUGGGCACGUGGUCCAACAGCACAAGACUCAGAAGCGCAGAGGAAUGCCAGCCGUGCCCUGGAGGGUUUUACUGUGCUUCUACUGGUCUUACUGAGCCCACUGGACACUGUUCGGAUGGGUUUUAUUGUGCUGAGAAAUCAAAGACACCCACUCCCACCGAUGGGAUCUCCGGCCAGGUCUGCCCAGAGGGUCAUUACUGUCCUGCUGGAGCCACUCAACCUGUGCCAUGUGAUCCAGGGACUUUUAUUACUGUCACUCAGGCAUCACAGUGCUGGCCUUGCACAGCUGGCUGGUACUGUGUGGAUGGCAUCCGCUUGAUGUGCCCAGCUGGUUUCUACUGUCCUGAGGGAACGGGGUAUGACUGGAGACCAUGUCCAGCAGGGACAUACAGCCCUGAUUCUGGCCUGAACACCAUGUCUCAGUGUAGGGAAUGUGAUGCAGGACACUACUGCUCUCUUCAGAACUCCACCUUUGUCUCUGGAAAAUGUUCUGAAGGAUAUUACUGCUCGCGAGGGAACAUCUCACCUCAACCUCUCACACAGUCUGCAGGAGAGGGAGGAUCCUGUCCUGUAGGUCACUUUUGUCUACAAGGCACAGCUGAACCCCAGCCUUGUCCAGAAGGCACUUACAGUAACAAAACCAAACUGGUCAAAGCGGAGGAGUGUUUGCAAUGCCCCGCCGGUCAUUACUGUGACAGAUCUGGGCUGACUGAACCCAGCGGAGAAUGCUGGGAAGGUUUUUACUGCAGACAGGAAGCCAUACUUCCCAACAACCCGAUCACAGAUCACAGAGGAGGACCGUGUCCGACAGGUUAUUUUUGCUCUAGAGGCUCAGCCGCUCCUCAAGCCUGUCCAGAAGGAUCCGUCAGCAGCGGAGAGAGGCAGGCCAGCUGCAGCUUGUGCCCCCAGGGGUAG